UGUAGCUUCACACUGACCAUCGACCGUGCUAUUCGGUCCUUUCGGAUGGUCUUCGUCUCUAGCAUUUGGUUUCCUCCAUCAAACAUGAUAUUUUUGCUUUUCAACUUCACUAAAAUCGUAGAUAGGGUGUAAGCAAAUUUCUUUCUCGAUGUUCUCUAUACGUAAUAUCUAAUCAUCUCGUGAUGAGCAAAUCAAGAGAUGCACACGCGAUAUCCUUCGCUCCAUGACUCAAUCGUAUUCCAGACCGUGGCAGAUGGCCCUUCUGUCCAGCAUUCACGAAAGGAAGAUCUUUGUAAAAUGUCAGGUGCAAAGCGCUUCGUUUCGGACACGCACGGAAUGGGCUAUCCGCGGUUCUUUAUCAAAAUUAAAUUAAAUUCGAAAUUUCCGUUUGUUCCUAAGUUUCGAUGAGUGCAUUGUUUCUAAGGUAAUCGAAACAUAUCCACCGCAAAACUGUCAAGAGGUCGCGCAAAGAUUGACGGACGUAUUUAAAAGCAUAUUUACCAUGCAUUGCUUCUCAGUGUCAUGUUUCAAGAGCACACUACAUAUAGAGCUAUUUACAAGUGUAAGGUUUAAAUGAUGCUGAAAAGUAAAUCAAACAUAUCACCUUGAAUGCACAGAGCUGAGCUUGGGCAUGCAUAUGCGUUUGAAUAUCUCAAAGCUAUAUAUUUCUAUAUACACCACUCACGGAAAUCCAGUUAGUAAACAUGUAUACUCGCAACUAUAGCGAAAGAUAUUGCACUUCGUUUGAAGUAUUAAAGAUUCCAUAUUCAGCAAAGAAGAAGAGAAGAAAAAGGAGCAUGAAAAACCCACUACAAACAUAUCAAAUGCAUAAUGUUAUACCCUAUGAAGAAAAGCGUGUUUAAAGCACACAAAACUCUACUAGAUGUCUAUUUAAGAGCAAAUCAAUAUAUAGAGCAAAAAUUCGAAAACAUAUCAAGCAAGUAAACAAGAGCAUUAAAAAAUACAUUAGAUACCGGUUAGAUGUAAGAGAAUAUGUCUUCUUGUGUGCAUGUUUUGUAGAGUCCAGGCCAGGCUGCUGCCACGGAUAUGCAACAUCAACAUCCUGUGAGUGGCACUGGCUCCUGAGGUACCCCCUGAAGAAUGAACAAUCAUGAAACUACAUUUUGAUACACUUAUACACCCUCGUAGCCCGUAGUUGGUUAGCCAGAGGCUUCAGAGUUCAGAACACUCGAAACCGACGGUUUCAUCCAAUGGUAUCAUCCCGAUCCCCGGGCGAAAGCAAACAUAUCAUGCCAGCCCCUGCCGGCUGGCUCCCGAACCGAGCAACACAGCUUCGGUAGCGUUUCGAAAAGUAUCACUUGACGAAACGUCGUGAAACAUAUCACCACAUGGUUUCGGCUGCCGGAUCCAAUCAACUCCGAUAACAACAUAUCAGAUUGCAUACACCCUGCAACGGUGUCAUUACAUUUCUUGGGAUUCUUGGGCAAAGGUCGUACACUAAUCACCACGUCGGUAGGUCCUAUUAAAGAUCAAAAACCCUGCAUUGUAUCACUAUUUGAACCCACAAUUGGCUUGGCGGUGAUUUUGCGAUCGCUGCAAAUUAAUUUGAACGUCAAAUUGUAUCCAAAACAUAUCAUUAGGUGAUAAGGAAAAAUCAUUAGCAUGUAACUCUAUUCUCGAUCUAUUUGUAGUGACUUUUGAUUGCCCAGUUUGGUCUUUUACAUACCAGUGAUCACUAAAGAAUGAUCAUAUGAUAUUGUUGUUUGUAAAUCGAACCAUGCUACCCUACACUACAAGGCCCAGCAGAACUCGACAGUCCAAAUGUACCCUACCCUAGCGUUUACACGGUUCAGAGUUUACUUCCGCUGUUGCGAUCCACUUGGUGAGGCAGCACAUAUUUAAAACUCUAGAACUGAGCAGUGCAAUGCAGCCGCAAAAUGCAAAAACAAAGAAAGGAAAGCAGUGAGGAGAUGAUGGUGCUAGUACUCGUGUCCCUGAAAUGCUCGAUGUCAAUCCAAACUAUGGCAGCUAGUAUGACAGCCACUGAACUCCUAAGCGCAAACAAUCGUUGUUCGAAGCGAAACCAGGCACGCCUUGAAUGUCUUCUUCAUCCCUUUCUUGCAAGCAAAACCUUAGUACAACCGAACUCCGCGCAAUAACGAUAUGGGACAGUAUCAUGCUCCCUGCUGAACUUUAACCUCUUCUUCGCUCGGCAACAGCUGACAGAUGAGACCAUAGGAUCCACUACACUUUCAAAGUUGAGCUUAGCAGCAGGACCGUACUGGCUACUAGACGAGAGGUUAUAUCAGCGGAAGCGCUGCUCAGCCGGGACAGAGCGCAGGCGGGAAUUAGGAAACAUUAUCCUUAUACAUAGCUUGUAAGCGUAACGUUGCUCCUACGAAGCAGGACCGGGGAUGAAGGAUGAAGAUCCAAAUUUACAUUAAUACCACAUUCGUAUACAUCUUGCGCAGACGUCUCACACGGACAGCAAACACACAAAUACACGCUAACGGGAUGAGCUUUAGUGUGCUCUUUCGUGGAUUUAAAUAAUAUGUUUAACUGAACAUACCAUCACCAUCCUUGCUGUCUGGUUGUUCCCGCAACAUUCCCGCAACUUUCAACCUCUUGUUGCGAAAAACCUUUUCCCGGUGAAAUCCAGGAAUCGUUGUUUAAAGGCUUCUGAGUGUUGCUUCCGUUUUCCAGACUCACCUACGGUAUAUUAUUGGUUUUUGCUGCUCUUUACUGGAGCAUGGUGACACACCGGUACCGAGAUGGAGGAUAAAAACAAACGCUCAAAAGGUCGAGUGCGGUGUGGUGUUUUCACCCUCACUGUACGUUUCUCGCUCCCGCAUCAUCUUUCCAUCCAGCCGAGUAAGAGAUAGGAAACAGAGGAGAAUGAACACUGAGGCGAAAAGGGGGAGUCCGGAUAGCACUUUUGCAUCACUCAGCAUCAAACUUUUUGCUCUCCAUGGGAUUUUUGAAUCAGAUGUGUGUUGAUGUAUUCGUUGCGUCGCAACAUGGCGCCUGCUAAAGAAAACGUAAUUCACUGUGUCAUUCACGAAUGUUCUUCUUAUCCGGAUUCAUCAUCACUAUGUCCUUACGCAAGGAAUUACUCUUAAUUGUAAAUUUAAGCAAAAUCAUUAUGCACACACACACGCAGAGAAAAACACAAACAAUAUGAGAUGGUAAAAGGCAUGGGAUGUUACGAUUCUAGCUGUUGGUUUAUUUCCGAAAGGCUUGUUGUUACGAAAGCUCUUAAAGUUGUUUCAAAGCAUUGAAGUUCAAGCAGCAAAAACAAAACAAAACAAAACUCAAACAAAUGGCUUACAGGAAACCGCAACCCGUAAAACUAGAGUCUCAAAAACUGCAACUAUUAAGCAUCUACAGGGCAGAAAAGGAUGUAUGUAGCGACAGCUAAACACAACACUAGCAUAACGUUAGCGUAGCACUAGAAAACUGAUCCAAACCAAGCCUCUCUUCGUCGUAGUCGAUUAGAGAAACAGCUGAAUGGAACGUCCUUCGAAGUGAAAGCAACAAUGGCGACAGCAACCAUAGCAGAAGAUAAGAUAACAGAGUAGACAAAUCCAUAGCAUAGACGCUCCUAAUCGCCCAACCAAACAUAGAACAGCAAUAGCGAAACCAGAAGGAGAAGGGAAAACCGAGGAACCGGUAACAGUUAGAUCCCUGAUCCGGGUUCUCUGUUGUUCCGCCAGGACUGCUGCUCCUGCUAAUGCCGCGACCGACCACCCCUUCGCCGGCAAGCGAGCGAGGGUGAUGAAAAUGAAGUUAUAUUUGUAUUCAGAUAUGCGGAAGGCUAUAACAACAUCGAGGAGUCCUUGAAAAUAUGGUAAAGUGAUAAUCUGCUCUUGCGGAAUGAAAAAGGGUAGAACAGACAGACAGACUAACCGAAGGAUCGUGAGAACAUUAGGUUGCCAGACAACCCGGCGACCUGUGUGUGUGUAUGAGAAAGAGAGGGUAGAGGAAAAGAACUCAAAGAAAAUGGUCAUGUAAUGCUGGUGGCGUCGCCGAGAAUUACCAAUGAGAUGCUAAAAUAAAGAGAUUUUUCCCGAGUUGAUUCGGAAGC